AUGGCUCGCUCAUCUGAACCCUUAACUGAUCAAGAGCAAGAUGACCUCGAGAGCACCAGGGAUGAGGACGAGGACUCUGGCUCCGACUCUGACGAGGAAUUGGGACAAUAUAUGGGGCUCGAGACUGACGUCGAGGAUGAGUUCUUGGGUGAAAGGGUUGAACAGGAGCUCUUGGAGAUUGGCGAGGACCUCAGCAUCAACGACAAAGACAUCUUACGUGCUUUUGCAUAUAAAAUCAAGUCACAUACCACAGAGGCAAAUUUCAACAUGCUACAGUUUGCUUUUCCCUCUGCCAAUGUUCCGAGCCUUAAAAAGGCAAAAUCCUGA